GGUUUGUCCUAGUCCUAGUGCAGGAAGCGCUAUGCUAACGUCUUGUAUAUAAGUAUAUGCUAACGUCGUCCAUAAGCGGAGUGGCUACAGUUGGUAUGAAUGUAGAAGGGAAGUUUGAAAACUGGCAAUUACUGGAGUCUGAUCUGCACGUGUUGCUUAUUUACAAGCGAUGUAGGGAGAAGGAAAGGAGAGAAUUGUUGUGGGGUUCGCAAAGUUAGUUCACUUGUCAAGGAAGAGAGCAAGGGGGUUAGUCAGAUGCUAAUAGCUAACCUCAUGAGAUUCUCAAAAUGUCUGUCCUAGACGUGUUUAAGGAACGUAUCUGUGCGCGACUAACAUUGACAGCUUUGGAGAUAUUCAGAGAAUUUGAAAAAACGCUUUUUGGGUACAAAGAACAAAUCUCUCGUUCCAAGGAAGAGAGCGCGAGAAUACAACGGCUUUUGGACGCUGUUACUAAACCUUAUAUCAAACUACGCCGAACAGAUGUGCAGCAGCUCUCUCUCCUGGAGCCCCCACAGAUUAAAGAGGAACAGGAGCUGUGGACCAGUCAGGAGGAAGAGCAGCUCCAAGGACUGAAGUCUGAAACCACAGACUCCAUAUUCACCCAGGAAUCAGAGUUUUCAAACUUAACAAUGUCCAAAUUAUAUAUGAUGAGAGAAUUUUUCAGUGAGCGACUAACAACAGCAGCUUCAGAGAUUUUCAGAGCCAUUGAAAUAACGGUUGCUGAGUACAAAGAAGAAAUCUCACGUUCCAAAGAGGAGAGCGCGCGGAUACAGCGUCUGUUUGACGUUGUUACUCAACAUGACGGCAAGCUACACAGAACAGAAGUGCAGCAGCUCUCUCUCCUGGAGCCCCCACAGAUUAAAGAGGAACAGGAGCUGUGGACCAGUCAGGAGGAAGAGCAGCUCCAAGGACUGCAGUCUGAAACCAAAGACUCCAUAUCCACUUCUUCCAGUGUGGGACAUGACUGGGAUCAGGAUGGCUUCUCUGAAUGUUCACAUCUUGACCAAGCUGUCCAAGUGGACAACAGAGAAGGAGACUCUCUACCCACCAACACAACUGAGGAGCAAAUCAAAGCAGAGACUCAUGUACAAGACUCUCCAGCACCAGAACCAGGCAGUGACCCUCAGCCCCUCUCUGUUGUAGCUCCAGACUGUCCUGCAGCUCAGAGUUUGGAGGAGGAGGAACAUGGAGGAAUGAUGCCUUUGCUAGAAAUGGUCAAAUCAAGCAGAAAAAGAAAGAACACUCUUCCCAUGGAAGGCAUGCCACAGGGCAGUCACACAGGAGAUAAACCUCAUCAGUGUCUAGAAUGUAAGAAGAGCUUUACUUUGAAGCAAACUUUGCUUAAUCAUAUGAUAAUACACACUGGAGAUAAACCAUUUCAGUGUCAAGAAUGUAAAAAGAGUUUUAGAUGGCAGUCAUCCAUGGUUACUCACAUGAGAAUACACACAGGAGAGAAACCAUAUCAGUGUCUCGAAUGUAACAACACUUUUAAUAAGAAAUCUACUCUGGUUGGACACAUGAGGACACACACAGGAGAGAAACCGUAUCAGUGUAAAGAAUGUAACAAGAGCUUUAGAUGGCAGCCUAAUUUGAUAACUCACAUGGUAAUACACACAGGAGAAAAACCGUUUCAGUGUCAGGAAUGUCACAAGAAGUUUCGCUGGCAGCCUAACAUGAUUACUCACAUGAGAACGCACACUGGAGAGAAGCCGUUUCAGUGUCAGGAAUGUAGCAGGUGUUUUUCUCUUAAAUGUAAUCUGAUUAAACACAUUAAGGUGCAUACGAGGUAAACCAUA